CAUCAAUUGCUGUUGUGAGAUUGCGUUGGGCAAUCGAUCAAUCAACAUGAGUUUGGGAAUACUUAAGCUAUUAGGACUUAUUGCAGUCCUCGGAGCUGGAACAACAUUGGCCCAGGAGUGCACUGGCAUCUUGAGUUUACCCAGAUAUUACCAAGAACAAAUGAUCAUUCAAGCCGAUGGAAAUCCCAAAAUAUGGGGAUAUACGACCAAUGCCGAUUGUCCUGUUUACGUGGAAGCUUCCUGUCAGGACGAAAAUGGAAAUGAACGCUUUGUUUCAGCUCAUACUUCCAGUUUUGAGAAGCAAGGCGAUACCAAUAUCUGGGAAGUGAUUAUGGAUCCAUUAGGCUCUUCUGGAGACAAAUGUACUCUCACAAUCAGUCUUUGGGAUGAUCCACAGGGCGCCAUUACCUUAACAACUAUCCUGGGCGACGUGUGGGUAUGUUCUGGUCAAUCAAAUAUGGAGUUAAAAAUGAAUCAAAUUGAAAAUGCCGACGAGGAGAUCCUGAAUUCGGCCAAAUAUUCGAAUAUUCGAAUAUAUCAAUUGGCUCAUCAUACUUCUGAACAAGAGGAAAAUGACAUAUUUCAAGGCUGGGACGAAUGGUAUACACCUGAUGAGUCCUCUAAACUCUCUUCAUUUUCGGCUGUGUGCUUUUUGACUGCUCGUUAUCUGACUGAUCUCAUGGGAGACAACAAACGGGUUUUUGGUUUGAUUGAAGCCUCUUGGGGAGGGACCAGAGUCGAGGCGUGGUCUAGUCAAGAUGCGCUAGAUUCUUGCAAUGUGGAGCCGUCCAUUCUGCCUGAUCAGCCUUACAAUUCCAAUUCAUAUCUUUGGAAUGGUAUGAUCCAUCCACUACUGAGGACAACUGUUAAAGGAUUUCUGUGGUACCAAG